AUGGAGCGGGCGGCAGCGGCGCGUCCAAUUAGCGGGCAACGCAUUCCGGAGCUUCAGCCAGCAGCCACCAGCCGCCAGCUGCCAAUCGAUGCGCGGGAGGCGGAGGCGGGGGCGGAGGCGGGGGUGGAAUGGGCGUGCCGUGCCGUAGGCAGCCGGGCAGGCAAACAGGCACGCCGCGUGCCCGGCGCGCCCCGAACCUGUGACGUGCCUUCCGCAGAGACGUCAUCACCGACUCUGCUGGGCGGUCUUCUUGUCUACAUUUCAGAACCGUGCACUCCCAAACGCCGGUCGGAGCUGGACGGCACGGGCGACGAGACGGCCUCCGGGGACAACAGCAACGCCGGCUCGAGCGCGGGCGGCGCCGACGAGGACCAGGCGCGCCUGCGGCUCAAGCGCAAGCUGCAGCGCAACAGAACCUCCUUCACCAACGAGCAGAUCGACUCACUCGAGAAAGAGUUCGAGCGCACGCACUACCCGGAUGUGUUUGCGAGAGAGCGACUGGCCGCCAAGAUCGGGCUACCGGAAGCGAGGAUACAGGUGUGGUUCUCGAACCGGCGGGCCAAGUGGCGGCGCGAGGAGAAGCUGCGCAGCCAGCGGCGCUCUGCGGAGCCGGUGGCCGUGGCGUCGGCGUCGGCGUCGGCGUCGCCCACGACGCGCCUGCUGGCCGGCGCCGCCUUCCCCACGGUAGUGAGUGUCGGACACGUUCUCCUGGAGUACGGGGUGGUUCUCAGCACAGGGCAGCCGCACGUGGCGUUUAGCAGGGACUUGGACAGUAGCUGCGGCUGUUGCAGCCCCAUGGCGGCCAUGCCGACGUUCGGCAUGUCGCCGCCGCCGCAGGGCCCUCCGCCCCCGCAGGGUGGCGCGCCCGCCCCCGCGUGCCCGCCGGCGCCGGCGCCCGCCCCCGGGGGCGGCUACCAGGCGUCGCCCGCCGCCGCCGCCGCCUGCGCCGCCGCCGCAGCCGCCGCCGCCGCCGCGCUCAACGGCCACGGCCAGUACGGAGAGUCGCCGCCGCCGCCCGCCACCAGCAUGUCCAUGACGGUCGGCGUCGGCGUGGGCGUGGGAGCGCACUCCGCCUCCAAGGCGCCGCCGUGCUACGACUACACCGGCCUCAUCUCGCCCGGGGUGUCGGUGCCCAUCGCGGUCCCCGGGCCGGGCCAGCAGGCGGACGUGGCGGCGCAGUACUGGCCGCGCCUGCAGUGA